UCGACAUAAACGUUUGAUUAUCACGAGACAAUGGCCAGACAAACGUAUGUAUGUUGCAUAAAUAAAAGACAACUUCUUAUAAAUUCCCAGUCGUGAAUCAUUGGGUGAAGAAAUAUCAUAAGGAAUUAAUUCAACAGUAAAUUAUUUGCAUAAUGACAGCUCCUACCAGGGACGAACUAUUCGCCUUUAUCGACGAAUCUGCACAGCGAGACGCUAAUACCCCAGGUUACGACAUUGUGAAUGGCCAACCGGAUGCCAAACUCCUGCAUCUUUCUGCUCCCACAUUUGUCUCAUUGUCAAACAAAGUAAAAAAUAGCAUCGAUUCUGAAGUUCAAAAUGAGGAAACCUGUUCAAAACUUGACCCUCAAUUUCGACAAGCGUUCCUCUACCAAAAUUUAUCCGACCUUGCUCUGACGACUCAAAAAUGGCUAAAAACCUACCAACAAAGUAAGGUCGCUCCUACCACCGGGAAAAAAUCGAAGCUCUGCUUCAUCAUUACCUGUCAAGGGACGCAUUAUCCCUCCAUGGGGCAGAAACUGUACUCCUAUUCUCCCCUAUUUCGACAGCAUUUCGACACCUGUGCCAAAAUUGUGAAAACCCAGUACGACGUGGACAUCAAGCAAUUUCUCGAGGAUCUUUCCGAGUCGCCAGACUGGAUGAAUUUUCCUCGUAACUUUCUCCCUUAUCUGCUCGCCGUUCAAUACGGCCUGUUCAAACAGUGGGAGGCUUGGGGGAUUGUGCCCGAUUACGUGUUGGGUCUCUCAUUCGGAGAAUACGGGGCUGCAGCCAUGGCUGGAAUUUUAACGCUUGAAGAAGCCUUUAAACUGAUCAUGACGAGGGUGGAGCUCAUGACCAAGUUUAUCAAGGAGGAAGCAAUGUGUGUCGGGAUGAUGAACAAGGACCAGAUGGAGAAGAUCAUUCAAGAAUCCAAGAUCGACGGGGGUGACGAAAUGAAAGACAUGAACUUGGAAGUUGCUGCGUUCAAUAGUCCAGUUCAAACUUGUAUGGUUGGUGAACUAAAAUAUGCGACGAAAUUUGCAGAAACCUGUAAGAAGAACGGCAUAAAAUGCCUCGUCAACCCGUAUCAUCCGUACCAUUCCUCCAUGACGGAACCAAUUCUACCCGAAUUUCUUAAAACGACAAGCUCCGUAAAGUAUGAAAAAGCCAAAUGCAAAUUUAUUUCCACAGUCGACUGUAAAUUGAAGGAGACACUGGACCCCACCUAUUUUAUCGACCAUUUAAAACAAUCUGCAGAUUUUAUUGGAGGGAUUGAGACCACGUUGGGAGAAGGAGUUACCCAUUUCUUGGAGAUUGGGCCACACCCCAUUCAGUUACAAAUGAUCAAGGACAUUUUGACCAAUAAUGACCCUGCCUGGCAGGAGAAAGAUUACAUGUUCUAUGCUUCUCUGAGGAGAAAGUUGGACGAUAAGUUGUGUUUGUUAGACACGCUGGGCAGAUUGUACACGAAUGGGUACGAUGUAGAUUGGAAAGAGGUGGAGAAAGUAUUCCCAGCUUGAUUUGCAUAAUUUUUAAUUUCUGAUAUUGGAGUGCAUACAUAUGUGCAUGUGUAAUGUAAUUAAAUAUCUAUGUUGAACCCAAAUUCCAUACGGAGUUUAGUUAAUUUUGCUUCGUUCAUUAUACACAUAUAGUGGUAUAAGAGAAUUAAGAAGAUACAUAUAUGUAAAUUUCAUUUUCUUAAUGAAACAAUUUUAACUAAAUUUUCCAAUUACCUAUGCACAUAUGAAUUAACUGAUAUAUGGUGAGUACAUUCUAUGUAAAUUAUUUUGAAAUAUGUACAUAUGUACCUAUGUACUUAUACCCACUGAUUACACAAUUGAUUCGUCGAAGGGAAAAUAGUCUCCAUCGGGUAGAUAGUAAAUUGAGACAAUUAAAUAUGUACAGAGGUGUUUAUGUAUGUAUGUACAUAGUCAAUUACAUAGCGUGGGAAAAUUUGGCCAUUGAGUUUGAACUUAUUGAUUUCGAGCAAUAUGUGCACACACGAUAAUAUUGACGUAUCAUGAUGUAUUCCUAAUGUUAAUUUCAUAACGAACGAAGCACAUGCUCGUAUCAACCACAAAAAUGCAUACAUUUUUAAUUUUCCAAAUCCUAAGAUCGUCCACGUGCCACUCUACUUCACACGAGGAAGAACCAAACCGCAAUACAAAUGCAUACUUAAAUCAUGAGAUAAUCAUUUUUGUAGAAAUGAGCCGUAACCCAUUCAUAUUUCCAUGAAUUGAGGUGUUAUCUAGAUAAGCAACUAUUGAAUGGUGAAAGUACAUAAAUAUGUAUGCACAUCUACACUGACUUUUUAAUGCGGUUUGAUGUCGUGACUGAAUUGUCAUACAUAUUGUUUUGAUUAUUAUUGACCGCAAUGUUUUCAAAAAUUUGGCAUGCAACAUUUUAGGCACAUACAUACAUACCUAAGAUACAUAUAUACAUAUUUCUAUGUCUGCAUAUAUAUGUAUGUUGCUGGUUGAGCAUAAAUUGAUAAAAAUGAAAGUUUACUGUUAGGUUGAACCUAUAUAAAUUAGUUUGUGCUCUAUAACCUGUAUUGUGUACAUAUGUCCGACACGGUGACGGCAAAAUUACAGCAUAUCCUAAAGUUUGAUAUCUCCAUCUAUGUAAUAUUACAAAUGUGUAAUGUCUAUCGAAAAAUUUAUCGAGCUGUUUGUCAAAAUCACGCAUCAUAUGAAUCAUUUAUUGAAGUCAUGCCUUCAUUGUCUGGUUGAAUCCAGUCUUCUAAUGAAUUUUGUAUCGAAAUUAUUUUCGGGACGUGUAGAUUUGCAGGUAUAAAGGGUAAGCUGUGAUGAUAUUCUUUAGUUAAGAGUUUCAACUUCGAGUGUUAGCACAUGCCCCCUUAAAUUGUGAAACUAGUCUUGAUUUUUUUCAUACACUGGUCAAAUUACACAGAAAUGUUGACCAUACCGUACUCAAAGUCUCAUCAGUUUGACCUCAACGUGGUGGAUGGAGUACUUCUGAAAGAAAUGGGCUGGUGGGAACCGACCUCGCAGUACUUCAUGAGCAGCAGUUUACACGGUCUGCGAUACAUCGGACAGCCAAAGCGUCACCCGGUGGAAAGAUUAUUCUGGUGCCUCGCGUUUAUCAUGUCGGUCGGAUUUGCGACCGUUUUGAUCCUCCAAAUCUGGCAAAAGUACCGCCUCACCCCGGUCAUUAUAGUCUUCCAGCCAAAAGAUACGAGAAUCAAUCGCUUACCGUUUCCCGCAAUUACUAUUUGCAACACGAACAAGGUCCAGAAACCGGUGGCCGCCGAGUUUGAAAAACGAGUAAUGGAAAGUCCGAUGAAUCGUAGCGCAAAUUAUGAUCUUUAUUUGUUAAAUCACAUCUGCAACUCAACCUUAACAUUUACCGAUUUCUUCAACCUUUCCCUCUAUGAGGGCGCCGUGCGAAAGGACAUUUUCGACCAGGUCAUGGAAUACAAAACGAGUAGAAAUCUUUCCUUUGGGUCAACCUCGGGUCAAGGUGUUGUUCAGCUUUUGAGAGACGCUGCCCAAACAUGCGACGAGAUGAUCCUUCUUUGUCUGUGGGAAGGAGAGGUUGAGAAAUGUAGUGAUUUAUUCGACGAAAUUGAGACUGAUUUUGGUUUUUGUUGCGUCUUUAAUAUGGUCCCGAUAUCCUUGUUGAUGAAUCUCAGAAAUGAUCCCCGAGACGACCAGAAUUGAAGACUGGGAAUCACUAGACUUGGAAUUCUCCCUCAAAUACUUUAAAUACUACACCGUAUCGAACUGCGAAAACGAAUGCAUUGCAAACUUAACAUUUAACGAGUGUCAAUGCACUCGUUACUACAUGCCAAGGAGCGAAGGUCAACUAAUUUGUGGAGUAAGGAAGUACUCUUGCUCGGAGGAGAUUCUAAAGAAAAUUUUACAGGAGGGAUUGCAAGACAGGUGUAAAAUGUGCUUACCCACCUGCACUGACAUCGAGUUCAAAAUGAGCACAAGUUUCAUGCCCAUCCGGGACGAUAUUCCACUUUGGGAGUAUACAAAUAGGACGAAUGACUAGCUUCAGAAAAACCGCUAGUCGAAUGCAUCUUGGGUUGGUAAAAAAGUGUCCAUACUCCACGCCCACUAUUUGGCGGACAAUACACACCCGAGGCAGAGAAAAGGGCUGUAUGGAUUCAUCGAUUUACUUUCCAACACGGGUGGUCUUCUCGGCCUUUGCAUGGGUUUCAGCGUCCUCAGCAUAUUGGAGAUUCUAUAUUUCUUCACAUUGCGACUUUAUUGUCAGACACGGUCAGGCAGGACCACAGGACAAAAAAUGACCAGCACAAUCAAAUCCGUUUGGAAAAAAUUGAGACAAUUUCUCCGAGUUAAAGAACCCACAAAUGUGACAUUGUUCUAUUUUAAGCAUGCAAAAAAUAGUGUCCAGUUUCUUAAUUAUCUACCGAGAGAGAAACUCGGUAGUGUAAAUGUCCCUCAGAUAAGAAUUAUGGAGGAACCAGUCAGCGACAGGAUUUUUUGGUAGUGAAAUUAGCGACAGCGUAGUUAAGAGUGAGUAGUUGCUUGGUUUCAUUGAUGAAUGUUUAACUAUCCAAGACUUAAUUACAGAAAUAUAUUUAUCGAUUUAAUUCUCUUCAA